UACUUAAAUACAGAGAAAAUAUUUUCUGUAUAAGGAUCUACUUUAAUGUGUAUUUUUUCUUUAAGAGACUUGUGUAAACAGGGAGUUUGGUUGUAAUGCACUGGGUCAAACAUGUGCUUAACAGCAUGUUAGUGUGUCUCUGUUAUCACCUUGGUUAAAUGAGAGUUUUCAGAUCGUUUCAUCCAAUCAGGGAAGAGAAGGGCGGGACUUAAGAAAGUACGCGAGAGAUUGAAGCAGGAGUGAGCGAGAGACGCGAGAGACGCGAACACAGAGAGUUCCUGUUAACAGAGGAUUUUAGACCAUACAAUCCUAAACGUUUCCAGGAAUAAUUUUCAAGUCAUUAUCAGAAACUGAGUUUUAGACUAUAAAACUUCAGAGUUUAAGUGUACCUGUAUUCCAUCACCGAAGAAGCACUGCCCGUGUUUGUUCAAGUGACGGAGGCGAGUGACGCAGUUAGUAUAUCAGAGAAAUCAAGGAUUUUAAGAUAUAAAACCCUUUAUAUUUCUAUCGAUACCAACGUUAUCAGUAAGCUAGAAGUACUACUCGUAUUACUAGAUAGAAGAGAAGUGAAAACGAUCGUAACUAUUCGUGACUCACACGUGUAGGCCUGUGUAGUGUGUGAUGCUUCGAUCCGAUGCUUUGUGGCAUGCGAUCUGUUUUUUCGAUGCAUUACUUUAUUUUCUGAGAAGCCCAUUCAAGGAAAAGUGAACGGAACGCUUAUUGUAGUUGAUGUGUAUUGAAGAUGGAUCAAGGACUUCACCAGAUAGCCCUGUGAGUACCGUGAGCUCAUUAGGUCCUCUGGCACCGUGGGACGUCGCGUUUCAGCGGAGGAAUUGCAGCAACUCGCACCUAUACGAACUCUUUUCUUUUCAUCGUGGACCAUUGAGGUAACACAGACUUUAUUUUGAUUGCUCGGCUGAGCGAAGAGUUUUUGUUUUUGUAAGGAUCGCUACCUUCAAAUCAGGCCUGCAACGGGGUGGGUUUCAGCGACAUUUUGUGUGCUUGUGUGUGUGACUGAGUGAGUGUGGAUCCAUACAGUUUUUUAUCUGACCGGUCUUAAAGUAGUAUUUCACUGUGAUUAUUCUAAUCUUAUCUGUUUGUAUACUGUUAAAAUUAGGUUUGUAAACGUAUUAUACCCAGAGUAUUCAAAUUGUUAAUAUUGGUUUGAAGAAUGUAAGCAAAUGCUAUAGGAACUCAGUUAGGUUAUGCUAAAAGAACAUUUACAUGUUGUAAGAGAAGGUUAAGUGACAUAGGAGCAGAAGAUACAUCAGAGCGUAUUGUGUACAGAACAAACUGGUGAAGAACAGAAGUCUUAUUUAGUGAAACAAAAGCCAGAUAACAGGUUGUAGUAAUCCAUUUCGUGGAAUAUUUUAUUUUUUGUAUUUCUUACCUUUUGUUUUGGAUUCCUUUUAUUAGUGAAAACCCCACCUUAUAUCAUAUUCAGACCUAUUCGUAACCUUUGUACAUGGGAUUAUAAUACAUUUUUGAAAUCACUCACUUAAGUGCGUAGUGUGGUGUUUUUUUCUCUUUAAUUGAAUUGUGCUUUAAAGUAAUAUUAGACUUUCACCAGAAGACAACUCAACAGGAUCAAAUAGUAUUUUCGAACUCAGGCCCUUAUCAAAGCAGUGUAUAGUGGUAAGGGGGCUACAUAAAAUGGAGGCACCGCUGGGAUCCUUUGUCUUCUGAUCAUCAAUAUAGACAUUUUUUUUGGUGUGUUAGUGAAAAGAAAAAACACAACUACUUUGACAUGUCUUCUAAAGAAGAACAAACGUUGUUUGAGCUUCGCAGUUGGUGUGAAACUGAGAAAAUUGAUCCCCAACAUGCGAUUAUUCUGAGUGGAGUGCCAUCUGACGCUGAUGUUGCAUUCAUUGAAGAUACCGUCCAAGCCAUUAAGAUUUUUGGAAGAGUGCGGGCUCGUGCUACCAAAACAGGCUUGACUCCAGAAACCCUUCAGGUUUUGUGUGAGUGUCGAGAAAAAAUCUGUCCUACUAAAGUUCCUUCUGAAGUAUUGUCAUCAUCAGGGGAUGCCUGGAAGAUUCUCAUAGCAGCAGAUGAUGAACCUGAUGGUGAUGUGUUUCGGGAGAAACUUACUCAGUUUCUGUCUAAUGAAGGUAAAACUAUGAGUGACCUACAAGGUUUGGUAACAGGCACAACUUCUCCGGAGGCCAUUAUUCGUGCUAUAGGGGAACUGCUAGAGAAAACUUCUAAGCCUGUAAGUGAUGGCCAGGCUUAUAGGCGCUUGAGGAUUUUUUCGGGAGUACUUCCUACGCCGGCUGGCGAAGAGAGUAGUGAGAACUGGUUGGAACAAGCCAGGCUAAUGGUCACAGAGUGUGAUUGUUCAGCCAAAGAGAAACGUAAACGAAUAGUCGAAAGUCUUAAGGGGUCUGCUUUAGAAGUUGUAAAGGCAGUAAGAGGUGACAAUCCUGAUGCCACUGCACUUGAAUAUCUUGAGGCUUUGGAGAAUGCAUUCAGUACUUCAGAGUCUGGGGAAGACUUAUAUUUUGCCUUUCGACUGCUCCGGCAAGAGCCGGGGGAGGCCCUUUCUGAUUUUCUUCGUAGAAUUGAGCGGUCGCUUGCAUUAGUGGUAAAACGAGGAGGAGUGACACCCCAGAAAGCCGAUAGAGCUCGCAUUGAACAAUUGUUAAGGGGGGCUGUAGAGUCUGAUAUGAUGAUGUUAAAGUUGCGCCUGCGUGAGAGAAGAGAGAUUCCCCCCACCUUUUUGAAACUCCUAAAUGAGAUAAGGGAGGAAGAGGAGACUGAGGCUGCUAGACGUAAACUCACCAUUAAUGUACAGGAGCCAAAAUUGAAAGAUCGUACAAGAGGCAGUUUAGUUAGUCGAGAGGGUUCAAAAAUUGAAGUAAAAGAGUUACGGCUUCAGGUAGGGGAUCACAAACAACCCCCAGAAAGAGUAGUUGAGAAAGAAAUACGUUCUACAUCACCUUUGACUUCUGAGGUACAAGCAUUGAAGGCUCAAGUACAACAACUACAAAAGCAGUUGUCUGCGCUGAGUGUAAGGCCCCAUGUCUGGGAAGGGGAGCAAUCUCCGCGAGUCAGUGGGAUCCCCAUAGCCUCUGGUAGAUCCACAACUAAAAGCAGUGAUGGGUUUUUCUGUUAUCGUUGUGGGGAGGAUGGGCACAUUGCCCCGAAAUGUAGAGGCAGUGAAAAUUCCACACUCGUGAUUCAGAAAUUACUUCAGUUGAUCCGUAAAUCUAAAGACACUAACCCAGCAUCAAACCCCAAACCUCCAGACGUAGAGAAGAGUGAAUGUUUCUCUAAGACAAGCCACAUAGAAUCUCUAGAACCUGGUCGAUUACCUAAAGGUUUGGUAGGGCCCUCAUCCACCUUUGAUGUGAAAGUUAAUGGUCAUCCGUGUGUUGCUCUUUUGGACAGUGGGUCACAAGUGACCAUUGUUUUUGAGAAGUGGUAUUUGACCUAUUUACCACGGGUGCCAUUACAGCCUAUUGAGGGUUUGGCCAUUUGGGGAUUAAGUUCAUCCAGUUACCCUUACAGAGGUUAUAUUGUGGUGGACAUGGAAUUUCCAUCUGCUCUUACGGGUGUCACAGAAACUAUCACAGUGCUUGCGUUGGUCUGUCCUGAACUCAGUGGGCCAGAGCAGGUGCCUGUGAUAGUUGGGACAAAUUCCAGCCUUUUCCAGCGACUGGUGGGCCUUUGCCAAGGAAAUUCUGAUACCAAAGCUCCAUGGGCAAUGAGAAUGCAGCCACAGUUGAUGACACAGCAGCUGGUGUUACCCCAUUCUAGGAUGGUAAAGGAGGAUAAGCCUCUGGGAGAGGUGAAGUGGGUCAACCCCAUGCCUCUUAUGAUACCUCCCCAGACUGAGACAUGUGUGUCUGGUCAGUUGGUCAGGAAUCUUCCCUUAGGUAAGGAUAUUUAUUUGGUGGAAGCUCCAGAGGAGAACAUACUCCCUGCAGGAGUGUUAGUUCCCCCCAUGGUUGUGCCAUUUUCUGCCAUUAAGGCUAACCAUUGUCAAGUAUUGGUACGAAACGAUACAUUGAAGGAAAAGUCUAUACCAACCGGUACUGUUUUAGCUAGGAUCUAUGCGACCGACACUGUUAGAGAGACAAAACCUUCCUCCAAUGUCCGGCCGGUAAUUGAUCCCAAGUUAUUUGAUUUUGGAAAUUCCCCGGUACCACAGGAGUGGAAAAAACGUCUUAGUCAGAAGCUGUCACAGAGGGUUAAUGUGUUCUCUUUGUCUGAUUGGGAUGUUGGUUUAGCGAAAGGGGUAGAACAUCACAUUCGGUUGCGAGAUGACAAGCCUUUCCGUGAACGAUCUCGACGAUUAGCUCCUGCGGACAUAGAGGAUGUCCGGCGUCACUUAAAAGGCUUGAUGGCGGCUGGGAUUGUUGAGGAGUCCCGUAGUCCCUACGCCUCACCCAUAGUGGUUGCCCGCAAAAAAAAUGGGGAUGUGAGAAUGUGUGUGGACUACCGCACUCUUAACAGUCGGACCAUACCUGAUCAGUAUAUAACUCCAAGGAUAGAGGAUGCUUUGGACUGCCUGGCAGGUAGCAAAUGGUUCUCGGUCCUAGAUUUAAGGAGUGGGUAUUAUCAGAUAGCAAUGGCCGAGGAGGACAAAGAAAAAACAGCUUUCAUAUGCCCUUUGGGGUUCUAUCAGUUUGAACGCAUGCCCCAAGGGAUAACUGGAGCCCCGGCAACUUUCCAACGCUUGAUGGAAAGAGCCGUGGGGGACAUGCACCUCCUGGAAGCCAUUGUCUAUCUUGAUGAUAUUAUAGUGUUCGGUCAGACAUUGGAGCAACACGAAGAACGCCUUCUUAAAGUUCUGGAUAGGCUUGAAGAAUGUGGCCUUAAAGUGUCCAUUGAUAAGUGCCAAUUGUGUCAGCCAGAAGUGCGAUACGUUGGACACAUUGUGUCUGCAUCUGGUGUAUCUGUUGAUCCCUCCAAAGUUGAGGCGGUUACUCGUUGGAAACAACCUCAUGAUCUGAAGUCACUUAGAUCAUUUUUGGGGUUUUGCGGAUACUACCGUAGAUUUAUAAAAGAUUACUCGUCUAUUGUGAAACCCCUUACUGACUUGACUAAGGGUUUUCCUCCUGCCAAUAAAAGUAAGAAGUCUCCUAAGUCGAAAAGUCUCAAAGAGUAUUUCAGGGAGGGCGAACCUUUUGGAGACCGAUGGACACCCGAUUGUACUAGUGCAUUUAAAGAGAUUGUGUACAGACUGACGCACACCCCAGUUUUAGCUUUCGCUGAUCCAUCCCAGCCAUACAUACUUCAUGUUGAUGCAAGUUUGAAGGGUCUUGGGGCAGUACUUAACCAAGAACAUCAAGAUGGGUUGCGUCCGGUUGCGUACGCUAGCCGUAAGUUAAGUGAGGCGGAACGCCGCUACCCAAUACAUCAGCUGGAGUUCCUUGCACUUAAAUGGGCCGUAGUGGACAAGUUCCAUGAUUACUUAUACGGGGCAAGGUUUACAGUUAGAACGGACAACAACCCUCUCACUUAUGUGCUUAGCAGUGGGAAAUUAAACGCAACUGGACACAGGUGGUUGGCAGCGUUAGCCACCUAUGAAUUUGAUAUACAGUAUAGACCGGGUCGUAGUAACAUUGACGCUGACAUAUUGUCUCGUCAUCCCCAUGAUGGUGAUACAUUUAGUGAAUGGAUGGAGAUCCCUGAGUCAGGUGUCAAAGCGAUUUGCCAGCUCACCCAAGAUGAAGAUUUUUCCAGUGCUCCGCCCCGAUAUGUAGAUCAGUUAGGAGUUCCUCCAGAUGGGAUCCCAGCUGUUUUUACUGGGUUGUCACGCUUAGAGGCUGGUGCUUUAGAAUGGUUGACACCAAAAGAUAUAAGGGAAGCUCAGGACCGGGAUGCUGUUAUUAAGGUUAUCAAGAGGGCAAUAGAGAACGGUCAGGCAAUGCCAGGUGGGAAAGAUUAUGAUCCAAACGUAACAGCCCUGAAACAGCAGUGGUCGAAAUUACUAAUCAAAGAUGGUGUGCUUUACAGGGUAGUUAACACUCCAAAUGAAAAGAGACGGUCUCAGUUGGUAUUACCUACCGAAUGUCGGCUGAUGGUUCUGAGGUCCCUUCAUGAUGAUAAUGGUCAUCUGGGGGUUGAGAAGACAUUGGAGUUACUGAAAGAUAGGUUUUACUGGCCAAAAAUGGGACUGGACGUGGAAACCUAUGUCAAAAACUGUGGUCGCUGCAUUGCGAGGAAAACCAUCCCCCCAAAAGCUGCAGCACUUCAUCAGCUUACCAGUAGUGGGCCUCUUGAUUUAGUUUGUAUUGACUUUCUGUCCCUGGAGCCGGAUAGUAAAGGGUUUGCCAAUGUGUUGGUGGUAACCGACCACUUUACACGUUAUGCCCAGGCAUAUCCCACCAGGGAUCAGAGGGCAAUAACAGUGGCCAAGGUAUUAUUUGAGAAAUUUUUCAUUCAUUAUGGAUUUCCAGCUCGAAUUCACUCCGAUCAGGGGAGGGAUUUUGAGAGUAGGUUAAUAAAGGAGUUGUGUCGGAUGUUAGGCAUCCGGAAAUCCAGAACUUCCCCUUAUCACCCUCAGGGUGACCCACAGCCAGAGCGGUUUAACCGGACCCUGUUAUCCAUGUUGGGCACCCUGGAGGAUGAGAAGAAACAAAAGUGGAGUCAGUAUGUUAGCUCACUGGUACACGCAUAUAAUUGUACCCAUAACGAGGCUACCGGAUACUCGCCAUAUUUUUUGUUGUUUGGUAGGGAGGCUCGUCUGCCAAUAGACAUUUGUUUUGGGUUGUCCUUAUCUGACGAUACUAGCACAAGUCAGUUGCAGUAUGUACAAAAGUUGAAGGCUGAAUUACAAGCGGCAUACAAAUUGGCAUCUGCAGCAGCUUGCAAAAAUCAUCAGAAGAACAAAGCCCGUUAUGAUAGCAGGGUGAGGCAUCAGGUGUUGGAAGAGGGAGACCGUGUAUUGGUCAAAAAUUUGGGACUUACCGGGAAGCAUAAACUUAAAGAUCGGUGGAGUUCCGUGCCACAUGUAGUAGUAGCCAAGCUUCCUAAUGUGCCGGUAUACCGGUUGAAACCUGCAGAUGGGACAGGACGGGAUAAGACAUUACAUAGGGACCAUAUAUUACCAAUAGGAGAAUUUGUCAGGUUUCCUCAGGUCCAUGAUAAAGGGAAGUCCCCUCGGAAACCAGUUACCCGAUCUGACAGAACUGUAAGGAGAUCUGUUGUAAAUUCUAACAUUCCGGUAGUUUUACCCAAUUCCUCGUCUAGUUCAGAAAACGAGAUGUGCUAUGGGAACAGUCGACACCAAGUAUUGAAUAGUCCCCGAGGAGAACUUGAAUCGAUCGGUGGAACUGUAGCUGGGCUAGAUGAUGAUGAUUUCUCUUCUGGAAAGGAGCAGAGCGAGGUAGGAGACGAAUUAUUGGUUGUGCUUCCUGAAGGAGAUGGGGAGAAUUCGGAGUUGGUAGUGGAGGAUCCGGUUGAGUCAGAAUCAGAAGGGGGAGACUAUCCUGUUUCAAAAGAUUCUGACACAGCCAAUCAAAGUAAUCAUCCAUAUAGGCUCAGAAGUAGGGUAGAACCUGCCAGUCGUCUCAGUUAUGAUGCUCCCGGGAAGCCCACUGAUCGUUCCAUUACAUUAGUUCAUCGUGGAUUAGUCAUUAGGAUCAGUUCUGAAGCAGUUGAUGUUGAAACAAAUCGUAUCCAUGGUAAAUGCUUAAACGUUGCUUCCAAGAUUGUCUCAUGACAUGACAUAUGUCGAUGUUUGGUCUCAUGGGGGCAUGCAGACCGUCAGAAGGGGGAGAAUGUAACCCAGUUACUUAAAUACAGAGAAAAUAUUUUCUGUAUAAGGAUCUACUUUAAUGUGUAUUUUUUCUUUAAGAGACUUGUGUAAACAGGGAGUUUGGUUGUAAUGCACUGGGUCAAACAUGUGCUUAACAGCAUGUUAGUGUGUCUCUGUUAUCACCUUGGUUAAAUGAGAGUUUUCAGAUCGUUUCAUCCAAUCAGGGAAGAGAAGGGCGGGACUUAAGAAAGUACGCGAGAGAUUGAAGCAGGAGUGAGCGAGAGAGAGACGCGAGAGACGCGAACACAGAGAGUUCCUGUUAACAGAGGAUUUUAGACCAUACAAUCCUAAACGUUUCCAGGAAUAAUUUUCAAGUCAUUAUCAGAAACUGAGUUUUAGACUAUAAAACUUCAGAGUUUAAGUGUACCUGUAUUCCAUCACCGAAGAAGCACUGCCCGUGUUUGUUCAAGUGACGGAGGCGAGUGACGCAGUUAGUAUCUCAGAGAAAUCAAGGAU